UUCGAGUUUAGUUGAAGCCGCAUAAUUUUCUCUGUAAACUUCAGUCUUGAGGUCAUUUGGGAAUGAAAUAUAUAACAAAAUAGCUGUGGUUAACGGUCCCUACUGUAAAGGAAGACAUCUGGAGGAUCCAAGAUUUUUUUCGCUAUGAGUGCAGUGGACACGCAAGGAAGAGAUUACUUCGUUUCGAGAGAAGAAUACGAGAGAAUGGUAGAGAAAGUAAAACAAUGUGAGGCCGAGAAACUCCAAGUUAUGAAAGACCAGGGAAGUUUAAUGAGAGAAUUUAACAAGAGAAUGCAAGUUCAUUUAGAGGAAAUACGUUUGCUAAAAGACGUGAAUCAUAAACUGCAGGCAGAUCUUCAAGAAUUGCGAGAUUUGACCUGUUACUUGGACGACGAUCGGCAAAAGUGCCGAAAACUUGCUCGCGAGUGGCAAAGAUUUGGACGUUAUACGGCAUCAGUAAUGCGAAAUGAAGUCGCAAAUUAUCAAGAAAAGUUGAAAGUGUUAGAAGAUAAACAAAGUGAUCUUUCACAAGACAAUGCCGAGUUAAAAGAACUUUGUCUGUAUCUUGAUCGAAAGCGAGAACCCGUCGCUUUAGAAAAUCGAACGUUCUGCAGUAACUGCUCACAGCGUGUUGCGAGUAACGAGGGUUUGUCUCCGACCAAACAAAGCAAUACAGGAAAUGUUGUCGAUGAUCGUAGAAAUUCUUUUUCUGAGAGACUUGAAGCGAAGUUAACAGAUAUUCAGGAAGGAACAACUCAUGAGCGAUCGUCUUCGGAAAAAGACAUAUCUUACGCCUCACACAAGGCCGAUGUCGCAAAGAAGAGAGUUUCAUUUACCUUUCCUGGAGACGUAGACACAGAUACAGAUAGUGUUCCAAGUGACACACCACCAAGAAUUCCCAGAAGUAAUGGAAUAAAAAAUGGAAAUCAGCCAGGAAUUUUGAGAAAUGGCAUGAAACCACUUCCGAAAGAGGGUGACCUUCCCUUCCCUUCACCGCAGCAUAUGACGCCUGAAGCAGUUGCUCAAGCGAUGAAGGUUUUAGAAAUACACGAGAAGUUAGAGCAUUCUAAUAACCCAGGUGAUUCUGAUGAAUCAGUAGAUAGACUGGGUGACAAUGAGGUGGAAGUUCUCAAAGAAAUGUGUAAUGUUGUGUGGAGAAAGUUAUCAGAUGAGCCAGAACAGAGGCAAAAUGGCACUAAUAGGCGUGAGAAAGAAGAAAUUCUUGAAGACUUAUUGUAGACUCUUAUGGUUUUUUCUUAAAAUCUGUCUUGUUGACAUUCUUUCUCGAUAUCACGGGGCAAAGCAAAGUAAUAUUUAUUAUAUAGAUUUAGCCAAACCUAAAAGCGGAGCUCCCAAGUUCAUAAUAUUAAUGAUAACAUAAAAG